AGCAUUAUCGGCGCAUGUCCACGUUGAUUCAUCAAUCAGUUCCACAAUCCACUUGCCUCGGCCGCUAUCGUGACCGGGAACAACAACUGCGAGAUGGCCACGGUGGAGACCUCGGGCACGGCGAUAGGGUCCUCCGGGAGAUGGGCACUACACGGCAAGACAGCCCUCGUCACCGGCGGCACCCGCGGCAUCGGGCGUGCGGUAGUGGAGGAGCUGGCGGCGCUGGGGGCGGCCGUGCACACAUGCUCCCGGAAGGCGGAGGAGCUCGGCGAGCGCAUCAAGGAGUGGGAGGCCAGGGGAUUCAGCGUUACCGGGUCCGUCUGCGACCUCUCCGAGAGGGACCAGCGGGAGCGGUUGCUCCGCGAGGUUGCCGACCGCUUCGGCGGCAAGCUCAACAUCCUCGUAAACAAUGUAGGAACAAACAUAAGGAAACCAACUACUGAGUUUACUGCAGAGGAAUACUCGUUUCUGAUGGCUACUAAUCUUGAAUCUGCAUAUCACUUGUGCCAAAUUGCACAUCCUCUUUUGAAAUUAUCUGGGUCAGGCAGCAUUAUAUUCAUAUCAUCUGUUGCUGGAGCGAUAGGAAUCUUUAGUGGAACUAUAUAUGCUAUGACUAAAGGUGCCAUUAACCAGCUAACCAAGAAUUUAGCUUGUGAAUGGGCUAAGGACAACAUAAGAGCCAACUCUGUCGCUCCGUGGUACAUCACCACUUCACUUACGGAAGGAAUUUUGGCAAAUAAGAACUUUGAGGAACAAGUUGUGAGUCGAACUCCGCUUGGACGUGUCGGAGAACCUGGAGAAGUAUCGGCACUUGUUGCUUUUCUUUGCAUGCCGGGUUCCACUUAUAUUAGCGGCCAGACGAUUGCGGUCGACGGAGGUAUGACUGUGAACGGGUUUUACCCUCCCAAGCCCUAGGCGGCAGCUGCCAUGUUUCUUUGUGCUGAGGAAACGACAAUAGCUGUUGUUCUUGGUUGUUGAGAAAAAAAAUCUAAUAAAAUGUAUGUAAAGGUAAGGUUGUCAUGUUGAUACUGUUCAUUACAUUACAUAAUUCUAUCAGGGCAAUGUGAAGAACGUUGUGUUUA